CAUCGUUUCCUCACAAAUCAUCACAGCAAUCCUCUCUUUCUCAAAGAUACAGUAUAUACUCCUACAUUUGCACAUUCUCUCUCUGUCUAGAUGGCUCGUACCAAGCAGACGGCCCGCAAGUCGACCGGAGGCAAGGCGCCGAGGAAGCAGCUGGCGACAAAGGCGGCCAGGAAAUCAGCCCCGGCCACCGGCGGAGUGAAGAAGCCCCACCGUUUCCGCCCCGGGACGGUGGCCCUCCGAGAGAUCCGCAAGUACCAGAAGAGCACCGAACUCCUCAUCCGGAAGCUCCCCUUCCAGCGGCUGGUGCGCGAGAUCGCGCAGGACUUCAAGACGGACCUCAGGUUCCAGAGCUCCGCCGUUGCCGCGCUUCAGGAGGCGGCCGAGGCGUAUCUGGUCGGGUUGUUUGAGGAUACGAACCUGUGUGCGAUCCACGCUAAGAGGGUUACUAUUAUGCCUAAGGAUAUCCAGCUUGCGAGGAGGAUCCGUGGUGAGAGGGCUUGAUUAAAACGGAGGGGGUUCGUAGUUUGUGUUUGUUUGGUUAAUUGUCGGUUUAGGGGUUGAUUGGUAAUUACGUUUGUUAGGGUUUAGCAGUAGUAAUGUAAAGCUAUGGCGGUUUGAUGGGCCAUAUUGGUAACGAUUUGGUGGAGCGGAAAGUGGAUUAACAAUGUUUGUACUCCAUUGGAGAGGAAUUUGAUGUUUCCAAAAGCUAGUUGCCUGCUCUGUUUUUUGAAUAUUAUUCCUUCCGUUUUAUAA